AUGUCCCCAUCCCUUCCACCCCGUCCCGCGAGAUCACCUGCGAGACCCGCUCAAAAUACCUCCGCACAUGUGCCUGCUGGCAGUCGAAAGAUUCGACCUCUGGUCUACGCAAUCGGCAUCGCCGGUAUAGUCGCAUCGGGGGCGUUUAUCGGCGCGAUCCUGAAGACAAGCAGACAACAGGAGGCUGCAAGAAAGCAGGCGCAGAAAUCCUUGACCACGGACGAAGAAAUAGCCCAACAAGGGAAUACAGCUGAGCCCGUCAUCGCCGUGGUGAGCGAAAACAAGAUGUACUACGGAUCCCUCGAUACGUUAGAGGCAAAGCGAGCCCAGCUCUUGGGCCAAAAGACGGCGCUGGAACGAAAACUUCAGGAUUUCCGAGAGUCUCAGCGGAGAAGGGCCGAGGAGGAGAGGGAGAGAAAGGAGUUUGGGUUCAAGAGAUGA